CUCUCCUUCCGCCGUCGUGACGUCAGCACGCCGCGGGAGAAACGCGUUUGGUGAGGCGCCAUGUUGGAAAGGCGAGGGUUAGACGCGGCGGCGACCAUGGUGGUUUUUUAAGGUUUAUUUUAACGACAAAGCUCCCUCGGCCGCCUGGGGAGGCUCGACAAGACGACAAUAACAUCCCUUCUCAUAAUGCAGGGAUCUCAGUCUUCCCAGUCAGGGAGGCAGCAUGGCAUCACAUCGCCCAUCAGCCUGGCAGAGCCACGCGAAGCCGACCGUGUUCUCACACGACACCUCAUGAAUACUCUUCUGCCAUUUGGGGUCUUUGAAGAGGAGGAGGAACUUAACCACCGGAUGGUUGUCUUGGGAAAAUUAAAUAACUUGGCAAAAGCAUGGGUCCGAGAAGUUGGUGAAAGCAAGAAUCUUCCACCAGCAAUUUUGGAGAAUGGUGGGGGUAAAAUAUUUACGUUUGGGUCCUAUCGGCUGGGAGUUCACACAAAAGGUGCCGACAUUGACGCUCUGUGUGUUUCGCCGCGACACGUGGAACGUAUCGACUUCUUCUCGACUUUCAUCGAGAUGUUAAAGAAUCAGGAGGGAGUAAAAGACCUCCGGUCUGUGGAGGAUGCCUUUGUACCUGUCAUCAAGCUUACGUUUGACCACAUUGAGAUCGACGUGUUGUUCGCACGGCUGGCUCUGCAGGUGAUCCCCGAUAACCUAAACCUCCGUGACAACGCACUACUCAAAAACCUCGACAUCCGAUGCAUCCGCAGCCUCAAUGGCUGCCGCGUGACGGAUGAAAUUUUGCACCUCGUGCCCAACGUGGAACACUUCCGCAUGACGCUGCGCGCCAUCAAGCUCUGGGCAAAACGCCGUGGGAUCUACUCGAAUAUGCUGGGCUUCCUGGGUGGCGUGUCGUGGGCAAUGCUUGUGGCACGAACCUGCCAGCUCUACCCCAACGCCAUCGCCUCCACCCUCGUGCACAAGUUCUUCCUUGUCUUCUCCAAGUGGGAGUGGCCUAAGCCUGUCCUUCUCAAACAGCCCGAGGAAUGCAACCUCAACCUGCCUGUGUGGGACCCACGGGUGAACCCAACAGACAGGUACCACGUGAUGCCCAUCAUCACACCUGCGUACCCUCACCAGAACUCCACCUACAACGUCACCAUGUCCACACGCACCGUCAUGGUGGAGGAGUUCAAGCAAGGACUCGCCAUCACCGAUGAAAUUCUGAUGGGCAAAGCGGAAUGGAGUAAGCUGUUUGAGUCGCCAAACUUUUUUCUCAAGUACAAGCAUUACAUCGUACUGACGGCAAGUGCACUCACGGAAGAACAGCACCUCGAGUGGGUGGGACUCGUGGAGUCGAAGAUCCGCAUCCUCGUUGGAAACCUUGAGCGCAACGAGUACAUCACUCUGGCUCACAUCAACCCGCAGUCCUACCCCGGCCCCAAGGACAACCCGGACAAGCAAGGCGUGACAACGGUUUGGUUCAUCGGGAUCAUCUUCAAAAAGUUGGAGAACCCGGAGAAUGUGAAUGUGGACCUGACGCUAGACAUCCAGUCAUUCACCGACACGGUUUACAGGCAAGCUGCACACAUCAGCAUGCUCAAAGAGGGCAUGCAGAUCGAGGCCAUCCAUGUCAAGAAAAAGCAGCUCAGCCAGUUUCUGCCCGGUGAUGUUCUUCAGAAAAAGAAAAAGGAGAACGGGCGAAGUGGCUCGGCGCGCACCUCCCUGAACAGCAGCAGCGUGCUCGACUCGUCGAGGGACUCCGACUGCAGCUUCUCGUCGCCCACCAUCAUCCGUGUCCUCAACUCGGACAGCAACCAGCCAUCCUCUCCGGUGACCGGUGAGAAUGGCAGUGUCUCCAGUCCUUCGGCGUCGCCCCCCGUGGCGGCCGACGACAAGUCGCCCUCGCCUCGGACGCCGUCGCCAGAAAACCCCAGCAUGCCCGUUGCCGGCAAUGCCAUCCCGGUUAUCUCCACCAGGCCUCUCCACGCUGCCUCCGUCCCGUCGGGGACGGUCGUACGGGUGGUGACGCCCACGCGGCUCGUGAACACGCCGCCGCCGGCCACCGGCGCCGCCGCCACUGCCGGACAUCCCACACCGCCGCAGGGAGUCAAGCGGCCACAGUCGCCCGGAAGCAAGACGUCGCCACCUAAGCGGCACAAGAGCCCCCCGAGCGAGGCUGCCCCGGCUGGCGACUCGGAUAUGGACACUGACUCCCAGCCACUGAAAAACAGUGACACAGGCAACGCUGUCACGAAAACUGGCGCAUCUGAGGACAGCGACAUUCUGGAACUUCAGGAGGAGACGACGCCUAUACAAACAACCGACGUGCAAACGGAAACGCAGAAACAGGCCAGCAACGAGCUGUCUGAUGGCUCCGCGCCAGUUCCUACCGCCGUGAAGGUUGUAAAAAACUCCAUCCGUCUCAAGCUCAACCGGUAGAGGCAGGUAACGCUGCCCCUUCUCGUGUGCCCUGCCAAAAGUACUCGCUGCACCAGUCGCCCUUCCUGGAGGGCGGUGUUGCUAUCAUUACUUCUUUUUUUCAAAAACAUUUUUAGAAUUUGUUCCUUCGUUGCGUAUUGUCACGUUCUUCGGAAAUGCUGGAAGCCACAGGAAACAUGAAAAUGGCGCAACAUAAAGAGCUGCUGGAAUCAUUUCAGAACUUUUAUUUUUAUCCGGGUCUUUUUUUUUAGCUUCCACUUUUUCUUCUCCGGCGGCGGUGGUAAGAAAGCCUCGUGCACAUGAGAAUGUUGGCCGAACUAAGAAGGAACAUUUCUGCUAAAAAUGUUGAUACGUAAAAAGUUCGUGAUUAUUUAAUAUUCUUUCCUGUUCUUAUUUGAACACGAGAGGCUUGUGUUGGGAGUGAGCAAGUGAGCAAACUUGUUUUUUUAGGCGGAACGGAUUAAGGGGUGUCAGGGGUGCAGGGUGGAUUUGGUUGGACAGAGCAAGGUUUUAUUUCUCAUGGAAUGAGACCCAACAAAAAUCUAAAAAAACAUUUGGGGAGGUCAUAUGACCCCAUCCAUCUCUCCCGUCUCCCAUCAUGACACCAAGCUCCCCCACCAUUUAAAUUCUUUACUGGUUUUUAUGUUGUUGACUUAUCUUGAAUUUGCCAUUGAUCGAGCCACAUUUUCGCAAACAAUUGUUUUCUUGUUCUCAAUAACUACAUACGUGCAGCAUAUCAUUUUCUUUUUUUUUAAAUUUGCCUUUGGUUUUGCUUACAAAGACUCAAAAAUGAAAAAUCCUACCCAUUAACAGUUUGAGACAACAAUGUUAUCCCCACUUUUAAAUGUCCCGAUAAAAAGACUAGAAGCCACUUUUGUAAUGCAUACUACUGUGCAAUUUAUUAAGGAAAACAUUCAAAAGCAUUGAAUCUAAAUGCCCUCAAAAGGGCUCGUGUUCAUAGUUCCAGUAAAACAGUUUUCAGUAAAUUUCACCAUGAAUUCUAAUGUUUGACGUGAGCGGCGUGGGAUGUGGAUGAAUACACACAGUGGCAUUAUUUGAUGCUUGAAAGGGUGCAUGCUUUUGUGUGUGUAUAUGUGGACAAUUAUUUUUUCCUCAUUUUCUCCCUUUUUAUCAUUCAUUAGAGCAAAGAAUAUAUUUUUUCCAUUCAUUUUAAUGUUCAUUGCUGCUUAUGCUGCUAGACUGGAUCGAUCUGGCCACGUUGAUGCUUGCCAAUCUGCCUCGGCCGAAAUUAACUUCUGUGAAACACUGGCGGGUCCUUGGAAGAGGGCACGUCUUGAUUUCCUCUGCUUUGUCUCACUUAUUCUAUCAGGAUGGCCGAAUGCAAUUGUUGGAAUGCACAGUUGGCUGUGUCUUGCAGUUCCAUGAACUGUUACAGUGGCUCUCCAAAACUAGCCGCGUCUUCUCCAAAGGAAUGGGAAUUUCAUUGGAGUUGGCGCAUUCGUGUAAAAAUGUUUACUCUUUUUACAAGAAAUCACUUCUGCAUUUGAAAAUAAAUGUGUAUUCAGUGUGUCCAUAUUCACAGUGUUUCCUAUUCUGAAGGGAACUAUUUGUCAUGAGUGUAACAUUCGUUUUACCACUACUCUUGAUCAGAUUUGAUUUUACCUCUCAGUCAUUCACUCACUGCUAGAGUUCCCAUCUGGCUAAUUUCAUUGCGUGUUCCAUGGCCGCACAGGGAGUGGAUAUUGAUGAUAAGCUCCGUUCACACUUGUGUGUACUAAGAUGACUUGUAAACUUAUUUGGAACCAUUGGAAAGAUCCAUUGUUUGGAGCAUUUAUGCAAUAUUUUUGCGAUCUGGUCAUCCUUAGAAUCCAUUUAUGCCCUUCGAAUUAUAGUGUGAACAAAGCUUGAUGCAUCAUAUUCCGCCAUGCCUGGCUUCAUUAAAGCUUCCGUAAUAUAAAAUAAAAAGCAUUGUAAAAUAUCCUUUUUUUGGGGAGUUGAGUGUAUGAACUUUUUAUUCAGCAGUUCCAUUUAGAGCUGGAAAUAAAGAAAUCACUUUUCACUUGCAUGCAGCAUUGCAGUCGUGGUAUAACCAUGAAAACACCGUUUUAUGUUUCCGCCAUCUGGCGUUGAACAAUCUAAUCUAAUUACCAGCUUGACAAGUUGCAGUUACAUUAGGACUAAAGUGAGAGAGUAAAUCGGCUUGCCCUUAACCUGCUACCGUAUGCUAAUCCUCAUACACAUUUCAAGCCUGUACACUUGAAUAAUUCUGGCGAAUGAAUUAGCUAUUUUUUUCAUUUCUUUUCUAAAAAACACUUUGCCUUGGCCUGUACUUGGUUAGCCUCCCCACGUGAGUCUCCUAAAACGUCACACAUCCAGCCGGGAAUCCAACAUUGACCUCUUAGAUGUAUUUAUUUCACUUCAUCCUAAAUAAUUCCGUAAGUCCGUUUUAAACAUUUAAAAUUUAAUUUGUUUUAUUCUGUUCGUUCCUCUUCGUUUUAACCUGAAGGUCUGUAAUAUAUUUUACUAAUAAAUCAAAUUGCAGGUUUUGUAUAUCUGGCUCCCUCUCCCGCCAGGGAGGGAGAGACAGAUGUAGGGGAAGAGAUCGGUCAGUGGUUACUUUUCCAUUCCAUUACCGCUCUCUCCUCCUCGCGAUUCGUUUAUAACCUGCAGGAUGCGUUACAUAUUGGGGAUGAUAUUUUUGUAACGGAUGUCUGUUCUGGAGUUGUUUCUUUUUUGGGUUUCCAAUAAACUUUAGAACAUUUUCUAGUCUUAAAGCCGGUGUGAGACGCGUGUUCUUUGGUUUACAGAUUUUUUAAAAAGUCCAUUAUUUUGUUUUCUUGGGUGUUGGUGAUGUUCUGUUUUUCUUUGAUUGAAACAUAUUUCAACCCUCACAUUUAACAGGCAAUAUAAAUAAAUAACACAUGUUUCAUCUUAAACUUUACAUUUAUCUGGAAGUGCACACCAUACUACCUGUUAAUGACCGAUUCUAUUUUGUUAGCGUGGAAAUAUUUACAUGUCCCAACAGGCAAUAUGGUAUAAAUUGUGAGUACCUCACUGCACAAACUGAAGUUGGGCAGUGCAGGUGAGAUGCCAAGUUUCAUGCAUUAAACAUUCUAAACUGAUCACUUGUAAUUUGUGUUGUCUUAAGAGGUUACAUCAAAUAUCUAAAACAGAGUGGCCAUGCAACCAAUCACAUGAGCAUUGGAGACACUGUAGAACUUUUGUAUUUUUAUGAAGUGCAACCUUGUAACAUAACAGUGCGCACAGAUGUAAAAUAUUCUCAAAUGCUUGCAUGUGAUUGGCUGCACAUCGCCCAUUGUCUCGUGGCAUUCAAUCUGGACUUAUAGAAAGUGGGGAGGAAACUAAUUAAAUGAAUCUUUGUUGUUGUACACCAAAAGUUGCACAAGUUUCAUAUAGGUUAGACAAGAUAAUGGCCCAUUGAUCAAUUGAGUAUUGUGGUCAGAAAAAAACUAAUCAGUUACCGAGUCUGUACAAUCUAAACCAUUAGUCUCAUGGUUCCAACCCUGUUUAAACUUAGAAGCUGCCUUAGCAUAAGACUAUUAAAAUGAGUGAAACCGUUCAUACGUAACUAAAGGAAGGGAAUGAAUAAGCACUGCAUCGGAUCCCGUCACGUUUGUGGAGUUUAUUCCCCACAUGAUUGCUUGCAAAAACGGUUAAAUAGGUACCUGCUCGCACCACAUGCUGUCCUUUAGUAACUGCACACUAUUGUUCCUGCCCUGUAGAUACUUUAAAUCAACGAAUGAGAAUGGUAGAGCCGUUAUAAGCUUGCUCGGAGUUAAUUCUAUUCAUUUAGUCUGCAUCUAAUUUUGUCCACGUAAACGGCCAUUAAAUUGUUCACAAGAGCAAGCCAUUUUAACCUGUUGGCAAUGAUGCAUCAUCUGAAGGAGUGUUACCAGGUUAGCGAUUCUGUGUUCUUGCCCAUAUAUAAUCUUGGAGGGAUUCGAAUUGAUUCAACUGCCACAAAGGUAGCGGGAGUGGAUUGAUCUACAGGCGGUGAUAAUGAUGAUGCCCCUGAAGUUGUCGACUCAUGGUUGGGAAGCGCUGGUUUUCAGCAAUUUGGAUGCAUAGUGGUGUAUCCAUGGAAGUCACUGUGGGAAUGUAUUGAAUUUAAUUGGAACUGAAUUGAAUAGUAAGCUUUCUUAAAGAUUAUUACUAAAUACUUUGGAGUUUGUGUCAAUAGCCGAAUAUUAACAUUUACUACCUGGCCAUGUGGAUAUGCCACUGUCUGGCCAGAAAAAUCUACUUUGCAACUUGAGCUUUGCUAGAAUAUAGUAAAUUUACAUUUGGUGAUCUCUUUUGGCCUUUAUGUCUAUGAAUUGAGUGUCUUUGUACUGUAAUCUUUUAAAUAAGUUGUCAUGACUUUGCAUUGAUUUUUUUUGUUUUGUAAUAAAUGCACCUUUGUAUGUUUCUCUUCGA